AUGUUGACUGCAUGCGAACGCCCGGGCUCCCGGUCUCCGACCACCAGGCCCGGGCUCCCGGUCCCUGAACACCAGGCCCGGGCUCCCGGUCCCCGAACACCAGGCCCGGGCUCCCGGUCCCCGAACACCAGGCCCGGGCUCCCGGUCCCCGAACACCAGGCCCGGGCUCCCAGUCCCCGACCACCACCAGGCCCGGGCUCCCGGUCCCCGACCACCAGGCCCGGGCUCCCGGUCCCCGACCACCACCAGGCCCGGCUCCCGGUCCCCGACCACCAGGCCCGGGCUCCCGACCACCAGGCCCGGGCUCCCGGCCCCCGACCACCAGGCCCGGGCUCCCGGUCCCCGACCACCAGGCCCGGGCUCCCGGUCCCCGACCACCACCAGGCCCGGGCUCCCGGCCCCCGACCACCAGGCCCGGGCUCCCGGACCCCGACCACCAGGCCCGGGCUCCCGGCCCCCGACCACCAGGCCCUGGCUCCCGGUCCCCGAACACCAGGCCCGGGCUCCCGGUCCCCGACCACCAGGCCCGGGCUCCCGGUCCCGAAUCACCAGGCCCGGGCCUCGGAGCCGCCGGUCCCAGCAGUAUAG